CCUAUAGACUAGCAAAAGAAAAUACGGAGUUUGUUCAGUCAACGGUGACUUCGUUUUUUCUCUGUUUCCAAGCAACGAAAACUUUACCAUCGAAAGUGUUAGCCAUCAUCGUGAGCAAAAUUGAGGAUCUCUGUUGUGUUUAGGAAGGGAGCUUCUUGCAUUGUUGAAAUGAAUUUUCAUGGCUUCCCUGGCAGCUCAUCUCCUCGGAGGACCUGGAAAUACGAAGUUUUUCUGAGUUUCAGAGGUGAGGAUACUCGCAACAGUUUCGCUGGUCAUCUUUUUUCUGCUCUUCAACGGAAAGGCAUAUUUACGUUCAAGGAUGACAAAAGGCUCGAGAAAGGAAAACAUAUUCGACCGGAGCUCCUCAAAGCAAUUGAGCAAUCCCGAAUUUCUUUUGUCGUCUUCUCCCGAAAAUAUGCCGAUUCCUCGUGGUGCUUGGACGAACUGGCAAAGAUAUCUGAGGCAAUCGGCGAACCGGGAUGCUUCGUUGUACCAAUUUUCUUCGACAUCGAUCCAUCUGAUGUUCGAAGACAGAGUGGGAAAUAUAGAGAAUUCUUUGAUAAACAUGAAAAAGACUUUGGUGAUAAUAUAGAUAAGGUACAAAGAUGGAGGUUAGCAUUGACUCAAGUGGCCAGUCUCGCUGGUCAUGAUGUACGAACUAAAUCAGAGGCAGAUGUUAUUGAAGAAAUUGUUACAGAUGCAAUACGCAAAUUGGGUCAUAGAUUCUCGAGUCUGGCUGAUGAUCUGGUUGGGAUGCAGUCUCGUGCAGAAGCUUUUGAAAACCUUUUAGAUUUAGAAUCAGAAGAUGUCCGAAAGGUAGGGAUGUGGGGGAUGCCGGGAGUAGGGAAGACUACUCUAGCUGCGGUUGUGUACGAUAGAAUCUCUCACCGAUUUGAUGCUUGUUGUCUUCUUCUCGAUGUAAGUAAAGUUCAUGAGGGUCCUGGUCUUGUCCGUCUACAAAAACAACUCCUCCGCGAAACACUGCAGGAAAAAAUAGAGAUAUUUGAGCAUCACAGAGGAACCAAUUUAAUAAGCACUAGGCUUAAACACCUUAAAACUCUUAUUGUUGUUGAUAAUGUUGACCAUGCGGAUCAAUUGGAUAAAUUGGUUGGAAAGUCAGCAUGGUUUGGGCCAGGGAGUAGGAUCAUCAUAACAACUAGAAAUUGGCAUAUCCUAAAUGGGCAUGGAGUGGAUGAAGUUUACGAGGUUAAACUACUGAAUGAUGAAGAAGCUCUUCAACUUCUCUGCAGAAGAGCCUUCAAACAAGAUGAUCCCUUGAGUGACUUUAGUGGGAUGACUCAUAGUCUGCUACAAUAUGCUAAAGCCCUUCCACUAGUAAUCAAAGUGUUAGGUUCCUUUAUGUAUGGGCUUGAAGUAUCAGAGCGGAUUGCUCAGUUAGACAGAUUGAAAGAAAAUCCUGACCAAGAGGUUAUGGGAGUUCUUGAAACAAGUUUGGCUCGGCUUGAGAAAAAGGACAAGGAUAUAUUUGUGGAUAUUGCUUGUUUCUUUAAGGGAGCAGAGGAGAUCUAUGUCACAAAAAUUCUAGAACAUUGUGGAUUCAUUCCUAAAAUUGGAAUUAGAGUUCUCCGUGAUAGAUCACUCCUCAACAUUGUCAAUGGAACAUUCUGGAUGCAUGAUAUGCUGCAAGAAUUGGGAUGGAAAAUUGCAAAGGGAGAAUUUCCUGAUGACCCAGCUAAGUGGAGCAGGCUGUGGUCAUUCAAAGACAUUCAAACUUUGAAGACAGGAACAGAAAAAGUUGAAGCCAUCGUCCUGAACCCUGAAGAUCUGCAAGAGACACCAUUGAAGGCUGAAGCUUUAUCACAGAUGAGCCGUCUCAGACUAAUCAUAAUCCCUAAUAAUGUGAAAUUUUCAGGAAACCUCAAUAACCUGUCCAGUGAGUUACGAUUUCUUUCGUGGCACCAAUUUCCUUUCAGCUCUUUACCAUCGAGUUUUGAACCAGAUAAACUUGUUGAACUGAUCAUGCCUGACGGCAAUGUAAGACAACUAUGGGAAGGCGAAAAGAGGUUGCCGAAGUUGACGGUCAUGGAUCUACGUGGCUCUAGAAGUCUUAUCAAGACGCCAAAUGUUAAAGGAGUAGAAAAUCUUGAGAGGUUAGAUCUUGAAGGAUGCACUGGAUUAUUGCAGGUUGAUCCAUCUGUUGGAGGUCUGAAAAAGAUCACGUUCCUGAAUUUGAGAAACUGCGAUCAUCUAAUCAGCAUCCCAAACACCUUGUUUCUCUUAACUUCGCUUGAAAUUCUGAACCUUUCUGGCUGUUCAAGACUUGCAAAACGUUUGAACUUUGAAGGACCUCGAUAGAACUGAAGCCGAUGAGCAAUUAGUAUUCUCCAUCUUUUCCUUCUUCAAUAAAUUAUCCUACGUUAGCUUUUUCAUACCAGAGUGGUUGUCUUGUUUCGUCUAUUCAAUUUAUCACCCGUGGAUUGAAUUAUGCAUAUUGCAAGCACAUUUUCAUUGGUUGAAAAUGUUGAAUCCAAUAUAUACGUCUUGUUUUUAGAA